UCCUCCCAGUGCGGCACUAUGACCAUCGUCAACAAGCUCAGCCUGGACAAGAUCCUGUUCCGCAAGAUCGCGGCCGGCAGGGCUCGGUACAUGAACUACAGCCGGGCGCAGCUGGUCGAGCGGACCAAGCUGGGCGACGAGACCGACCGUCGCGACUUCUUCUACCACCUGCUCAAGGCCCGCGAUCCUGAGACCGGACAGGGGUUCAGCACCCCGGAGCUGUGGGGAGAAUCCAAUUUGCUGUGAGUACCUUCCGUCCGACUUUCCGCUUACGGUAGGGCAACCUCGGCAGGCAGCCGGCUGACAACACGCAGCAUCAUCGCCGGUUCCGACACGACCUCCACCGCCAUGGCGGCGACGCUCUUCUACCUCGUGCGGACCCCCUCGGCCCUCGCCAAGGUCGCAGAGGAGGUGCGAUCCAAGUUCGACGACGUCGAGGACAUCCACCAGGGCGCGCAGCUGGCGUCAUGCACCUACCUUCGCGCCUGCAUCGACGAGGCCAUGAGGCUUUCCCCGUCCGUUGGGGGCCUGCUUCCGCGCGAGGUCCUGACAGGCGGCAUGACCAUCGACGGGGAGCACGUCCCGGCCGGCACGGUGGUCGGGACGCCGCACUACGCGAUCCACCACAACCCGGACUACUACCCGGAGCCGUUCUCGUUCGUGCCCGAGCGGUGGAUCGCGGGAUCCUCGUUCGGAAAGGGGGGACGCGCCGUCGGCGAGGACGACGUCGCGCGCGCCCAGAGUGCCUUCUGCCCCUUCUCCAUCGGGCCGCGCGGGUGCAUCGGCAAGGGCCUGGCGUACCUGGAGAUGACGACGACGAUCGCGCGCGUGCUAUUCAUGUACGACCUGCGGCGGGCGGCGGGGGUUGUCGACCCCGGGGAGGGGAGCGAGGACGCCGAGUGGGGGAGGCAUCGCGCGGGCGAGUUCCAGCUGGUGGACACUUUUACGAGCCUCAAGGAUGGCCCGAUGGUGGAGUUUAGAAGGCGUUCAUAGGUGCGCUUGGGGGGGAAGGCUCGGGUGCCUUGUUUCAUAACGGAUUUGUACAUACAGCAACCGGUCUAGGCCAUUCAACUAGACAAAUUUGGUCAGCUCUUGGUAUUGAAGCGAUGUCGUCCGAUAUUGGCUUCCCCAAACAACAUCAACCACGAACACCUCAAGCAGGAGUUGGGGUAAACGGUGGGGUUCCAACAGCGUCGUUUCCCAUGCUCGUGCAUAUCGGCCUGCAGAACGCGCGGGAGGAUGCGGGGAAUCGUAAAUCUCGGCAGAAUCCCACUCUUAUUCCCC